AUGCAGGAUUGUACUAUAGAAACAUAUUUGAGACUGAAUUUUGAUGACAUUAUGGGAAGAUUACCUGGUAGUAAAAAUAAGCUAAUAAAGAAUACGGUGAACAGUGACGAAAUUGGUGUGAAAGUUAAAAAACGACCAUAUGUUCGUCAUCAUAGACGACUUAGUAAUAGACAAGAAGACCAGCCAAGCACAUCUGAUGAAAAGUCAAAAAUGGUAUACAGUUUACUUGAAAAGCUAGCAAAAGAGGUACAGACAUUAUCCAUGGAAGUUGUCGAAUUUGAGAGACGAGCACAAGAUCGUUAUCGUAGUUUAAUUGAUGAAAAUAUUACUCUGCGAAAGCAAGUAAACGGUUUAAGCAAUAAAGUAGGUGAACUAUGUGAGAAGAUCAGUAAAUUACAUUCAAAAGGAACUGUAACAGAGAAAUAUACGUUGCAUAGAGGAAAAGUGGAAAAUUCACCAAUGCCAGAAUUAGAACCAUAUGUUAAUGGUACAUUUGAUGAUACAGAUGAUGAGGAAAAGUCAGAUAAAGCAGUUGAUACAAAAGAUUCCACUAUCGAUGCUAAUGAACUUAACAGUAAACCUCGUAAAAGACGUGCUGCCGCUAACAAACGUGAGGGUGAUUAUGCUAAUAUGCUGAAACAAAAUAUUUCAAUUCAUGAACCAAAGAAAUCGUUGGCAGAUACAUCAAAAUCUCGAGAAAAGAAAGUUAAAUUCUUGAAAAAAGAAUUAGAUGAUGGUACUGAUUCAGAUAACUCGAAUGAUGAUUUAAAAGAAGGAAAUGAAAUUUCGCCAUGGAAAUUGUAUAAACAUAUUCAAAUUAUACCACAGCCAACUAAUUUACCAAAACCUAAAAUUGCUCGUUCUGGCGGAGGACGUAAUGUUCAUUUUACGGAUGAGUGGAAGCAAUAUGCGACAGCUGUUUAUCCCAUUGAUCCAAGUCGUUAUUGGAAUCUACCGCAAGCUCAGUAUGAUCUUCUCAUACCGGAUGCUGAUUUGGAGAUGUUUGCGAAAAAUCCUGAUAAAACUGAGAAAGAGCAUUUUAUUCGAUCAAUUUAUGAUUGGUUUCGAAGUCAACAUCGUGUUGCUCAAUUGAGAGUGGUACUAAAUGAAUGUAAUUCAGCGAUCGAUUUCAAUGAUUUAUGGGAUGUAUAUGUUAAAGGAAUGAAACGACGAGGUUGGCCAAUUUAUGGUAAAAGACUUCGAAAAGGUGAAGUAUCAGCUGCAAAACAACGAAUUCUGGAGGAUUUCAUUGAUUCUAACAUUCAAAUCUUUUAA